AUGUUCCCCAAUGGCACCGCCUCCUCUCCCUCCUCUCCUAGCCCCAGCCCAAGCAGCUGCGGCGAAGGCGGAGGCAGCAGGGGCCCCGGGGCCGGCGCUGCAGACGGGAUGGAGGAACCGGGGCGAAAUGCGUCCCAGAACGGGACCUUGAGCGAGGGCCAGAGCAGCGCCAUCCUCAUCUCUUUCAUCUACUCCGUGGUGUGCCUGGUGGGACUGUGUGGGAACUCCAUGGUCAUCUAUGUGAUCCUGCGCUACGCCAAGAUGAAGACGGCCACUAACAUCUACAUCCUCAACCUGGCCAUCGCCGAUGAGCUUCUCAUGCUCAGCGUGCCCUUCCUGGUCACGUCCACGUUGCUUCGCCACUGGCCCUUCGGCGCGCUGCUCUGCCGCCUCGUGCUCAGCGUGGACGCAGUCAACAUGUUCACCAGCAUCUACUGUCUGACCGUGCUCAGCGUGGACCGCUACGUGGCCGUGGUGCACCCCAUCAAGGCAGCACGCUACCGCCGGCCCACCGUGGCCAAGGUGGUGAACCUCGGCGUGUGGGUACUGUCGCUGCUCGUCAUUCUGCCCAUCGUGGUCUUCUCGCGCACGGCGGCCAACAGUGACGGUACGGUGGCCUGCAACAUGCUCAUGCCCGAGCCCGCCCAGCGCUGGCUGGUGGGCUUCGUGCUGUACACUUUUCUCAUGGGCUUCCUGCUGCCCGUCGGGGCCAUCUGCCUGUGCUACGUGCUCAUCAUCGCCAAAAUGCGCAUGGUGGCCCUCAAGGCCGGCUGGCAGCAGCGCAAACGCUCGGAGCGCAAGAUCACCCUGAUGGUGAUGAUGGUGGUGAUGGUGUUUGUCAUCUGCUGGAUGCCUUUCUAUGUGGUGCAGCUGGUCAACGUGUUCGCAGAGCAGGACGAUGCCACGGUGAGCCAGCUGUCGGUCAUCCUUGGUUACGCCAACAGCUGCGCCAACCCCAUCCUCUAUGGCUUCCUUUCAGACAACUUCAAGCGCUCUUUCCAGCGCAUUCUUUGCCUCAGCUGGAUGGACAACGCCGCCGAGGAGCCAGUCGACUACUACGCCACAGCCCUCAAGAGCCGCGCCUACAGCGUGGAGGACUUCCAGCCUGAGAACCUGGAGUCCGGCGGCGUCUUCCGUAAUGGCACCUGCACGUCCCGGAUCACGACCCUCUGAGCCCGGGCCAAGCAGGGACCUUGCCCCAAGAGAAGGGGAGAAUGAGGAGAAAGGGAGGUCGGGUGCGAGAGGUGAAAGGAUCCCAGGCAUCAGGGUGCAAUGGGAAAAGUGGGGCUAGAACACCGUGCGCUGCGGUUGGAGACCUGGAGAGGGGCGCGACAAAGGUGGAAUUGGACGCUUCGCUUAUAAGCGGGGAAGACGAGCGGGCCCCUUUCUCCUCCUUCGCUUCUUCCUCCACUGCGCUUGCACUUCUGCAUCCCUCUGUGCUCCCGACUCGGCAGUGUCGAGCUUUCUUUCUCCCCGUCCUGCGGAUGCAGAACGUGAACUUUUUAACGUGGCCAACUCAGC